AUGUUUGCGGGUGGGCUCGCCGGUGGCCCCCAGGGGCCUCCUGGCAGGCGCAAGUCCAGUUACUGUCCUCCUGAAAACCUGCAGAUCCCCAAACCCCCAGCGCCAAGCAGCGGUGUUCGUAAGAGCAGCAGCACCGGCAGCGGCAAGAUGCUUUCUAUGACAUACAGCGAGAGCAUCCGGAGCGGCAUUAACCGCUACCACUCAGACCAGGGGCUGAAUCAGCCACCGGCCAGGCCCACCGACCCGGCUGAGCUGCAGAGAAUCCGGGAACAGAGAGUUGCUGCUCAGAUUAAGAACAUGGAAGACUUCCUGAAGAUGAAUGGCCUGGCGCUGGAGGAGUGUGUGUCCUAUCAGACAGGCAUGAAGUACAGAAACCUUGGGAAGUCGGGCCUGCGGGUGUCCUGCCUUGGAUUAGGAACAUGGGUGACGUUUGGCGGACAGAUAACGGAUGAGAUGGCAGAGCAGCUGAUGACUAUGGCGUAUGAGAAUGGCAUCAAUCUGUUUGACACAGCGGAGGUCUACGCUGCUGGAAAGGCAGAGGUGGUGCUCGGAAACAUCAUAAAGAAAAAAGGAUGGAGACGUUCAACUCUGGUGAUAACAACAAAGAUCUUCUGGGGUGGAAAAGCUGAGACUGAAAGAGGUUUAUCCCGAAAACACAUUAUAGAAGGUUUAAAAGCCUCACUAGAAAGACUGCAGUUAGACUAUGUGGACGUGGUGUUUGCAAAUAGACCGGACCCCAAUACACCCAUGGAAGAAACAGUUCGAGCUAUGACCCAUGUGAUAAAUCAAGGCAUGGCCAUGUACUGGGGAACAUCCCGCUGGAGUCCAAUGGAAAUAAUGGAAGCAUACUCUGUGGCACGACAGUUCAACCAGAUUCCUCCCAUUUGUGAGCAGGCUGAGUACCACAUGUUUCAGAGAGAGAAGGUGGAGGUGCAGCUACCUGAACUCUUUCAUAAAAUAGGUGUUGGGGCCAUGACAUGGUCACCACUGGCCUGUGGGAUCAUCUCAGGGAAAUACGACGGCAGGGUGCCUCCCUACUCUCGGGCGUCUCUGAAGGGCUACCAGUGGUUGAAGGACAAGAUCUUGAGCGAGGAGGGCCGGCGUCAGCAGGCGAAGUUGAAAGAGCUGCAGGCAAUCGCGGAGCGGCUGGGCUGCACUCUGCCCCAACUCGCCAUCGCGUGGUGCCUACGGAACGAGGGGGUGAGCUCAGUCCUUCUAGGAGCGUCCAACACCGACCAGCUGAUGGAGAACAUAGGAGCGAUACAGGUUCUUCCAAAGUUGUCAUCCUCCAUCAACCAUGAGGUGGACAGCAUCCUGGGGAACAAGCCGUUCAGUAAAAAGGAUUACCGCUCCUAACACGCAGCACAGCCCCGCCCGGCAGGGCUGCACCCGGGCUGCAGCAGCGCCCCACCUUUGCCUGAUCCUCUGUUUGCUUGAGCUUUUACUAAGUGAGACCCUGGCGCAUGAGUCUGGCCACACCAAGGCCACGCAGGGCUCCUCAUUUAGAGGGAUAAGAUAAGAAAAAAGGGGGAAAAAUACAGUCACCUCCACAGGAAAUGAAAGGAUUGACAAAGAAAGACAAGUGGAUGAGGGAUAUGCGCUCAUACCUAAAUCAGUUAUACAUUCAAUUCAGCUGAACGUAUUUUAAAACCAUAGAGAAAAAUUACUUUUCAAAAAAAUUAAGCACACGCUUGCUUUGCAGCCAGAAUUCUUUUUUGUUUGUUUGUUUUUCCAAAGAUGAUUGCAACUAAAAGGAAGAUGAAGUUCAUACUGUAUGGAUAUACAAGAACUCCUCUGUUGCACAUGUACCAUUUGUUUCUGGGACGUUCUAUUGACAAACCAUAUCCAUCAAGGUUUCUCUGAAAGAAGAGCUGUGUGUCUGUGUUGUUGUGUCGACAUGAUCAGUAUUGGAGCCUGUCUCCGGGCUUUAAUAAACAGCACUUUAAUAUUGUCAGUAUAAGUGCUGGAGAGGAGUUAAAGGAGGGGAGAGGAUGGGUAUUACAGUAGUUUUAUCACACAACCAUUGCACUAUAAGAUUUUGCAUCACCUCCUGAUAGUUCCCUCUUCUCAUCCCCCCUCUGUGUUUUCAAUGGCGGUGCAUUUGUCCAGCCUGAUGCUCUGACACUCCCGCUGUCGAGGAGCGGUGGUGAAGCCCUGCGUCCAACAGGGGCCAAUGGGAGGACGGGGGGUUAACAACUGCACUCUGCCCCAGAGGCUCCUCCUCCGUCCUGACCACUGAACUGUUCAGGAUACGGAGUCGGGAGAGAGGCUGCUGUGUGCGGGCGACUGCCACUGAAAAGAUUAGCUAUUUAUGCAGUGUCCUGCUUCACUGUGUUACCCAACCUCUGCUCUGCUUUGUCCAGGCCGAGGACUUGCUGUACAGGAAGUGAUCAUAUCAGUGCUGGCUCCACAUCUCAUGGAAAAUUAUCCUUGAUCAAAUUCUGCUUAAAUGUUUUUGCCUUAUUUUACAGUUGCAUCAGACUGUGCUGUGGGUGUAGACGAGCAGCUUGACCAACUGGUCUCAUGUCCCCAGUAUUUAGGGCAACGCUGACUAGUAGAAGUGGCGUUGUCGUGUCUCCAGUGGAUCAGCGAGUGGCAGCAGCUCCGAGAACAGAGCAGCUGGUUGUUGUCGUCCGUUUCUGUGCACAUGUUCCAGGAGGUUGUAUUAACUCGUCUGUCUUUCUUUCGUUUGUGGACACUGGGCAGGACCAGGGACAUUUUAGCGUGGCCUCAGCCAAAGAUCUUCUUCUUUUCUCUUUGAGUGUUUCACUCUCACUUCCUGAAAGAUUAUAGGACUCAUCUUGACGCAUGUGCUGUCCAGUUUGUUAUCUAUCUAUCGUAUGGACUUAACUCCUUGUAUAUCUUUACUUGACCAUGCUGUUAUACUAGUUAAACAGGUCCUUCAUAUACAGAAUGCAUAGUACCGCUCAAAGCUUUAGGAUAGUAAGGUAUGUUUCAAGCGACGUACGACUUGAGACGUGUUAGACGUAUAACUGCAGAAUUGGAUGGCACCCUGUAUCAUUCUCUCUCCUCCGGGUGCUCUCUGACUGUGAUUAAAGCACAAGUGGAUAGCAUGUGAAACUUCCUCAAAGCAUGGACUCUCUUCACCUCGUCUACAAUAACCUGCGGGACAAGCCAGGUGAAGCUACGCCCCUUACUAACACUUGUAGAUAACCAAUCUUAACUAACAGCUGAAACUAUCGAUCCUUAGCAGGAGAAUACAGAAGAAGAAAACUGUCAUUAGCGCGAAUGAUAUGAGUGAGAGGAAGAUGCUUCUCAGUUUAAGUGGGAUGAUCAAAGUGUGGGUGAUGAUUUAAAGCCUCUGAUUUUGAACAAGAGCAAAGUGACUUUAUGUCUCUACUGUUGAUAGUGUGUG